AUGGAGUACCUCUACCUCGACGGUUGCCCCGUCGGGGCAGCGAGGUGCGCCUUGUGCGGCUGCGCCUGCCACGAGGACUGGCCGAUCCGAUCGCCCGACUGCAUGCCGCUGGCCAAGGCGACCCUGCAGGCGUACAGGAGGAGGUCGCCCGACCAGAGCCGCGACCCGCCCUGCGAGGAGAUGCUCUGGCUGAUCGUCGACUUCCUGCUCCGCAACCAGUCGGACCCGGUCAUGUACGCCCUGGCGGCCGCCGUCGCCCUCCUGGCCUGGGACUGCUACUUCCGGCCUCAGGAGGCCCUCGACCUGAGGGCCAGCGACGAUUGCGCCAAAAGCCGGGGACGAGCCCGCCAAGACCAGGCAGUUCGACGCGGGCGUCGUCGUCGGCGAGUUCGGGCGGAAGUGGGCCGAGGAUGUCCUGAGGGUGCUCGUGGACCGAGCGCUGGCCUCUGGAUUCCUGUUCCAUGCGCUGAGCCUCGCGAAGCUGGACAAGAUCUUCGCCGAGUGCUCAGCGGCGCUGGGCUUCAAGGUGGUCCCUCACGGCAUGCGCCAUGGCGGGCCCUCGACUGA